UGGAGCCUACUUUAAAAAAAAAAAGAGCAGCAACAGCAAUAUGGGAAAGAUUGAAAAAUGACUUAUGGAGGUGAAAAAGAUAGUACAAACUCAAAAACAGAAGGGAGGAAACGAGAUGCUCAGAAAUAAAAUGCAUUCACUGGUUUUAUUUUAAUUUAGCUUGAGUUCAGGAGUCUAAGUACUCUUUACCAGGAACAUGCCAGACUCACCUCUGAUAGAUUUGCUCCCUGGGUGACUGGAUGAAACACAGGAGUCAGGAUGAACUGCACUGCAGCCGGCAUCUGUGGGCAAGAUGGAGACGUGGGGUCUGUGCCGAGGUUAGGAUCUGUCAAGCACUGAGCACUUUGCUUAUGUUUUCUAACCCUCACAGUAGAUGUGUGGGGAUGCAGCUGUGCUCUUCCGAACUGUCUUCCAAGGGAGUGAAAAUCUGGGAUGCCAAUGGGUCUCGAGACUUCUUGGACAGCCUGGGAUUCUCCAACAGAGAAGAAGGGGAUUUAGGCCCAGUUUAUGGCUUUCAGUGGAGGCAUUUUGGGGCAGAAUACAAAGAUAAGGAUUCAGAUUAUUCAGGUCAAGGAGUAGACCAACUGCAAAAGGUGAUUGACACAAUCAAAACCAACCCUGACGACAGAAGAAUCAUCCUGUGUGGCUGGAAUCCAAAAGAUCUUCCUCUGAUGGCCCUCCCUCCGUGCCAUGCCCUCUGCCAGUUCUACGUGGUGAACGGUGAGCUGUCCUGUCAGCUAUACCAGAGGUCGGGGGACAUGGGCCUGGGUGUGCCCUUCAACAUCGCCAGCUACGCUCUGCUCACCUACAUGAUCGCGCACAUCACGGGCCUGAAGCCAGGUGACUUCAUACAUACUUUGGGAGAUGCACAUAUUUACCUGAAUCACAUUGAGCCGCUGAAAAUGCAGCUUCAGCGAGAACCAAGACCUUUCCCGAAGCUCAGAAUCCUUCGAAAAGUUGAGACAAUUGAUGACUUCAAGGCUGAAGACUUUCAGAUUGAGGGGUACAGUCCUCACCCGACUAUUAAAAUGGAAAUGGCUGUUUAAAGUGCUUUUAAAGGAGGUAUUUGAAGGAUAUUCCGCCUGUAGGGGGUUGGACUAAGUGCCCAGGUGAAAGCCCUAGAGGAAGAGGGAACUAGGUCAAAAAUCUCUUGGCGACCAGCAGUUGUUAUUAACUUGUAAGGAUGUUGCCACUGGCAAACAGAACCUUGCCUGUUCUCUUAGUAACAAAAGGCCUUGAGUUUGGUUAGCUCACUGAGGACAUGUGAAAAUGCCGAGAUUGGGAAUAAAGAAGUCAGGAGAAUAAAAACUGGAAUACUCUUAAAACGUGUACAUGCAUUUCAACCCCAUUUUAUGAAGGUCCGUGAAUUUCAAGAAUUACACAUCAGCUCUUCCCCAGAUUUGAGCAAGCUGAAUAACACCAGCAUUCAUAAUAAUGUACAGUUGUGGUUAUGAACAUUUAAAGUUACUUGCUUUAUAUAUUGCUAUAAUAAAGGUGUGUUCUGCAUUUGA